CUGCAGACCAGACAUUAUCAAUCACAAGCUUCUCGAUCGUAUCGUCCAUAAUGCCAGCAGAAACUCCAGUACCAUUUUCUGUGCUCGGAAAGACGGCCGUCGUCACGGGCGCCGGUUCCGGCAUCAAUCUUGCAUUUGCCCGCCUCCUACUCAACAGCGGGUGCAAUGUCGUCUUUGCCGGCUUGGCCCUUCGCCCCGAAGCAGAGGACCUAGUCUCACGACACAGCGACAAAGCGAGCACCCCCCGCGCUGUCUUCGUCAAGACCGAUGUGACGUCGUGGUCCGAUCUCCGCAACAUGUUUGACGUGGCCGUUGCCGAGUUUGGUAGCUUCGACGUUGUGUGUCCAGGAGCUGGCAUCUAUGAACCGAACUGUAGCAAUUUCUGGCAUCCGCCAGGGUCGGCCGAGAGCAAGGACGAUAUCGAUGGCAACAGCUAUAAGCUACUCGACAUUAAUAUUACGCACCCUAUUCGAACGACUCAGCUCGCGCUUCAGUUCUGGCUCCAUCCACCUCAAGCUGCAAGUACGUCUCGCCCAUCGCCGGAGAGAGUGUCAGUCAAGAAUCAGAAACGAGUGAUUCUCAUCUCUUCCAUUGCGGCGCAAAUGCCGACUUUCUUUGCGCCACUGUAUGGCGCUUCCAAAGGUGCCAUCACCGGGUUUACUCGCACCCUGGCUGCUCUGGAGCCGAUAAUGGGCGUGCGCGUCAACGCUGUUGCGCCGGGGCUGGUUCGCACGCCCAUGUGGACCGACAACCCGGGGAAGUUGGCUAUCGUCGACGAAGAAAAGGAUGGAUGGGUUAUGCCCGAAGAGGUGGCAAGGGCAAUGCUGGAUUGCGUCGAAAAAGAAUCGCUCAUCGGGGGAACUGUUCUCGAGGUGGGCAAGAACAGCACCCGGCCUGUUGCUAUGUUCAAUGACCCAGGACCAGACAGAAGGCCUGGCACAGGCUUUGUAGCCAGCAACGCGGCACAAGCCGUGCAUCUUGUCUUGGAUUGGCUGGCCGAUGACAACAUCUGGAAGGCUCCCUAAAGCUCUGGCACGGUAGGCUACAAGCACUCGGAGCCGGAAGGGAAGAGUCAAUAUGCUCAGCACUUGGGCAAUCUGAAUGACCCCGACAGCAAGUUCUGAAAUAAUCCAUGGGGAUCAUACUUCUGGGCAACCUGCCGCAUGAAUAGGACGUUGUCUUCUCCGUAGCUGCUGAGAGCGUCCUGACUUGGGUCCGCGUAAUUGAC